CCCUCUUCUAUAUUUCCUUUUUAUUUGUUUGAAGAAUUUUUUUUUUUCCCAGAUUAGUUUAAGUUGGUUUUUAACCAAAGGCCUAAUCUAAAAGUCAUAGUCUACCCUUUUAGUGCACUGUUUUGGAACGUUUGUUAGGCGCAGAGAGAGAAAGGAGGUUUCUUUACCUUCAGAAUCUGAAGUUGGGGAGUUUUUGGUCAGCAGCUGAAUUGAUUUCUUGGGAUUCUUCUGUGGAUUUGGGUGGGGUGGGGUUUGAUUGUGGGAUGGGACCUUGCUGUUUGGCUUUCUUGAUGUGGUGAGAAUAUAAUUGGAAUAGGAGCUAAGAAGAUGCUGAAACCGGAUAUGAUUCCCUUUGAAAUUGAAACAUAAGUGUUUGGAUCCAUAUUCUGCCCUGUAAUGGAUUCCAAUUUGAGCCAGGGUUUUCAUCAAUUUGAUUCUCUUGUAUGGGACCUGAAACUGGCUUCUUUGUAUAAUAAUAUUUGAAAUCUGAAAGUGCCCUUUGUUUGGUGACUUGAGGUGUGGUGUAAUUAGGAGAGGUGUAUAGUUUUGAUUGGGGGGUUUUUAAGUUGGGGGUCUCGAGAGGAAAUCGAAUGGAGGAGGUGCCUUUCAAGCCCGGAAGCCUGGUGUAUGAUGAAUCCGUGCUUCCAUCGUGUAUGGAUAUCAAUGGAAUCGAGCUGAUAGCAAACACAAGUUUGCUCUCGGAACCCACAAAGGUCAUGCUCCCUUUGGUCUCGAUUGCUAAUGCUAGUGUGCAUUACAAUUGUAGAGUUCCACGGGAUGGCUUUGACCACUCGAGAAUGGCUGACCUCCAAGGAGGUGGAGGAGAGAAGUUUGUCUCGGAGAUGGUUAUUACUAACAUGAUAGAUGAAACUUUCGAAGGCCAUGACUUGAUGACCGGUGAAAGAAUAGCGGGUAGCAUUUUAUCUAGUUCUGAGAAAGGUUGUGCUGCUUUGGAGGUCAGUUUCGCACCAGAUAUUGGCGGGUUUCAGAACAUAAAGAAGGCCCAUUCAUGGGAUUCAGCUAAAAUGUCAGAACUUGUAAGCGGCCUUGUUCCUGUCCCGGUGAAUGGCUUGUUCGUUGGAGACUCUAAAAGGAAACUACCGCCAUCUCUUCUUGAAGUUUCGAAGGAACUGAAAUUAAUAAGACAACAUGCGUUUGCUUUUGAUUCCCCGCCUCUAUGGGGACUCACAUCUAUCUGUGGAAAGAGGCCGGAAAUGGAAGAUGCUGCUGUAGCUCUACCAAGGUUUUCGGGAAUCCCUUCUCGAAUGCUAAUGGAUGUCCCAAUCGCUAGUACAAGGAAUCAAAACCUAACAGCACACGUAUUUGGGGUUUAUGAUGGACAUGGAGGCUCUCAGGUUGCUAAUUAUUGCUGUGAACGUCUCCAUUUGGCUUUAGCCGAGGAGGUGGACAUUGUGAAGGAGGAUUUGCGCAUUGAAAGUGUUGGAGGUAACUGGAAGGAGCAGUGGGAAAAGGCGUUAUUGAGUUGUUUCCAAAAAGUCGAUGAUGAGAUUGGAGGAACCUCUAGAAUUGACGGCGGUGAAGUUGAGUUGGGCUUUCCACCCAUUGCACCAGAAGCAGUUGGAUCUACCGCUGUGGUUGCCAUUCUUUGUCCCACUAAUAUAAUUGUAGCAAAUUGUGGCGAUUCUAGGGCAGUCCUGUGCCGGGGAAAAUUACCCAUGCCAUUGUCAGUCGAUCACAAACCAAAUAGAGAAGAUGAGUACUCGAGAAUCGAAGCUUUGGGAGGCAAGGUCAUUAAUUGGGAUGGGCACCGCGUUUCUGGUGUGCUUGCAGUUUCAAGAUCCAUUGGUGAUAGAUAUCUGAGGCCAUAUGUGAUACCAGUACCGGAGAUAAUGUUUGUCCCACGGGCAAAAGAAGACGAGUGCCUUGUUUUAGCGAGCGAUGGUCUAUGGGAUGUGAUGACUAACGAGGAGGUGUGUGAUGUGGCAAGGCGACGGCUUCUGCUCUGGCACAAGAAGAAUGGCGGUACUAUGCUGUCUAGAGAAAGAAGCGACGACCCUGACCCAGCCGCCCAAGAUGCAGCAGAGUACCUCACCCGAAUCGCCCUCCAAAGGGGAAGCAGAGAUAACAUCUCGGUUAUUGUGGUGGAUCUAAAGGCUCAAAGGAAGUUCAAGAAGAAAGCAUAGUGUUGUUACUAAAUAAUAAUCUUAAACUCGGUUCCCAACUUCCCACGUCGUUAAUCUAGCAGAACCUAGCUUCGGUUUGAGUUUCUUGCUGGCUAGGUUAGUGCAGCAGUCUUAUGCUCUUCUUCUUCUUCUUCUUCUGUUAUGGCACAUUACAGUAAAUACAGUAUCCUAACAAAUAUAUUCUGAGCUUUGAUCUCUAGCAGUCUGACUGGGCAGUGAAAGAACCACUUUACGAGUUU